UAGUAGGAGGGCUUCCUGGUCCUGGUGGCAAGGCGGGCCAGGGCCACUGCGGUCAAAAGGCUGACUGAUGGCAGCCGAGGUCAGGGAGGGGAGAGACACAGGCAUCAGAAGAGAGCUCCGACUGCUUUCCAAUGUGUCACUGUUGCCCCUCCCCACCUUCGUGUGUGGAAGCUGUGCUGGCUUUUCCUUUUCCUCCUUCCAGAUCCUUCUGAAACCCCACUUUGCCCAUGAGGCAAUCCACACCAGCUGUGCCCUGUCCAUCCACUGCAGGCCACUGGCUGCUCCCAUUACACACAGCAGCUUAGAAUCCCACCCCAUGGAAGGCCUGUUCUGGGAGACAGCUGGAUCCAUCUGGCAGAAACUGCUGGAGUCCCUGGAUGUUCUUCUUCGGAGGUCCCAGCUGCCCCGUGUGACCCCUGGAAUGGCUGAGGCAAGUGUGCUGGCUUUUCUGCGCAUGGGACACCAUGGAUUUGUCUUCCUCAGUACAUGUUUCCACACCCAGGACAGCAGUGAUGCCCUGCAGGGCAGUGUGGUCCUGCUGGCUCUUUUGCACCCACGGGCAACGUCAUAAUGAUCAUCGCCAAUGACGUUGGGAUCCCUGGUUCAAGAGGUGAAGGCUGGAAAUGUUCAGCUCAGUGGCAGCAGCAGCCGGCCACUUCAUCAGCCAGCACACACCCUGUACAGUGGCGCAAUCUUGGCUCACUGCAACCUCUGCCUCCUGAGUUCAAGCGCUUCUCCUGCUUCAGCCUCCCAAGUAGCUGGGAUUACAGGCAUGUGCCAUCAUGCCCGGCUAAUUUUGUAUUUUUGGUAGAGAUGGGGUUUCGCUAUGUUGAUCAGGCUGGUCUCAAACUCCUGACCUCAGGUGAUCCGCCCACCUCAGCCUCCCAAAGUACUAGGAUUACAGGCAUGAACCACCAUGCCUGGCCAAGAGGCGCCCUUCUUAAUGGUGGUGAUUCUUUCCUACAUGGUGUGGUAUCAGUGGCCAGGGUAGGCUGCUAGCCCACGGUGGAAGGGAUUCUAUCUGCUAAGGCUGACACCUCUGAGCCAGCCUGGGCCAGAUGAAAGAUUUUCUGAAGACACAGCCGCACAUCUGGGCCUUUUGGUCUCAAGUCUUCAGCCAUGUUCAGUUCAGCCACAGCUACCAAGCAUGAGCAGCAGAACAGCACUCCUCUGCACUAACCCAACUGAGAUUACAACCUAGGCCCCUGCCUCAGUUUCCCUACAUGGGAGUGAGACAGCAGGUCUUCGGCAUGCCUCCUUGGAACUCUGGGAAAGGAAAAGUUACAGUUGGAAAUUAGACAGAAGCUGGUAAAAGAAGCCUUCCAAGGAGGUCAACCCAGAGACCUGAGGCCACCUGGAGAAGAAGAAUUCAAGCCAGGAAGUAGCGGGGCAGACAGCAAGCACCCUUGGGCUGGAUGGAGCUCAGAACUGGAGGGUGGCCAGCCCCACUCUGGGUAGGAGUCACCCAUGCAGUGAUGCACGGGGCAGGGUGCAUCUGCUCUAUGCCCAGCCCUGCCACUGUGGCUCUGCUUGCCCCUGGGGUAGGUGACAGUCACAGUCCCCACAGAGCUUUCCUGCUGGCCCUCCCACAGCACACCAAAGAAUACGAAACUGACACCAGUUACCUAUGGGCCCCUAUUUGGGAGACUCCUGAGCUUCUCUCUGAGGAGCCACCCCCCCAACAUGGGAGUGGGGGAGGGGUGGGAGCCUCAUCGGCCUCUCCUCUCUCUUCCAGGCCCUUCCUUUGCAGCCGGCUCACCAUGGCGCUCCAGCCACGGGGCUGCCAAGUGCGCUCCGUGCCAGGGCCAAGGCCUGGGGUUGGGGGAGGGAGCUGGGGACCCUAGGGCCAGUGGCUGCCAGUGGCCCUGGAGCCCCUCGCCUAUUCUUCAGAGAGCCCAAAACUUUCCAGGGAGAAGCACAGCUAGCCCUGCUGGGUGGUAAGAAGACUGGGGGAGGACGGCUCCGGAUCUGUUCCCCUUGGGGGCCCACGGGCAGCACAAUAGCCCCUGGGGCUGCCACUCUCUGGCUUAAGUGGUUGCCUGGGCAACAGCUGGGGCCAGUUUCCACCAAUCCAUGGAGGAGGCUGAGUUGGGGGAGGGAGGCCAGGCAGGAAGAGGGUGCCGUCCCCUUGUGCUGGAUCCUAUAUAAGGAAGAUGAAUGUGAGCGGAGUGGUCUGGGCUCUGCCGUCCCUCCAGUGGACUUGGGGGCGGAGCACAAAGAUGCCUAGGAUAGGCUACUCCAAGCCUGGGUCCUGGGGCAGCUUCUGGGCCAUGCUGACCUUGGUGGGCCUGGUCACUCGUGCAGCACAGAGAGCCGAUGUUGGCGGGGAGGCAGCUGGCACCUCCAUCAACCACUCCCAGGUGGUGCUCCAGCGCUUGCAGGAGCUGCUGCGACAGGGCAAUGCCAGCGACGUGGUUCUGCGGGUGCAGGCGGCGGGCACCGAUGAGGUCCGGGUCUUCCAUGCCCACCGCCUGCUGCUGGGCCUGCACAGCGAGCUGUUCCGGGAGCUGCUGAGUAACCAGAGUGAGGCAGCAUUGCAGGAGCCAAGGGACUGUGCCGCUGUCUUCGACAAGUUCAUCAGGUACCUGUACUGCGGGGAGCUGACCGUGCUGCUGGCCCAGGCCAUCCCCCUGCACCGGCUGGCCACCAAGUACGGCGUGGCCUCCCUACAGCGCGGCGUGGCCGACUACAUGCGCGCGCACCUGGCGGGCGGCGUGGGCCCGGCGGUGGGCUGGUACCACUACGCCGUGGGCACCGGGGACGAGGCCCUGCGAGAGAGCUGCCUGCAGUUCCUCGCCUGGAACCUGUCGGCCGUGGCGGCCAGCGCCGAGUGGGGCGCCGUGAGCCCCGAGCUGCUGUGGCAGCUCCUGCAGCGCUCGGACCUGGUGCUGCAGGACGAGCUGGAGCUGUUCCACGCGCUGGAGGCCUGGCUGGGGCGCGCACGGCCGCCCCCUGCAGUGGCCGAGCGAGCGCUGCGCGCCAUCCGCUACCCGAUGAUCCCCCCGGCACAGCUGUUCCAGCUGCAAGCGCGCUCGGCCGCCCUGGCGCGCCACGGCCCCGCGGUGGCCGACCUCCUGCUGCAGGCCUACCAGUUCCACGCCGCGUCGCCGCUGCACUACGCCAAGUUCUUCGACGUCAAUGGCAGCGCCUUCCUACCCCGCAACUACCUCGCGCCAGCCUGGGGCGCCCCGUGGGUCAUCAACAACCCGGCCCGCGACGACCGCAGCACCAGCUUCCAGACGCAGCUGGGCCCGAGCGGCCACGACGCGGGCCGCCGGGUCACCUGGAACGUGCUCUUCUCGCCGCGCUGGCUGCCUGUCAGCCUACGCCCCGUUUACGCUGACGCCGCGGGCACAGCGCUGCCCGCCGCGCGCCCCGAGGACGGCCGACCGCGGCUGGUGGUGACGCCGGCCAGCAGCGGCGGCGACGCGGCGGGCGUGAGCUUCCAGAAGACCGUGCUGGUGGGGGCGCGCCAACAGGGCCGCCUGGUGGUCCGCCACGCCUACAGCUUCCACCAGAGCAGCGAGGAGGCUGGCGACUUCCUGGCGCACGCCGACCUGCAGCGGCGCAACUCGGAGUACCUGGUGGAGAACGCCCUGCACCUGCACCUCAUUGUCAAACCUGUGUACCAUACCCUUAUCCGGAUCCCCAAGUAGCCUCGGGGUCGGGGAAUAAAGGCCUGGCUUAGGUGGUCCCUGUGGGUCUGGAAAGGGCGAGACGAGCGUGGAGGUGACAACAAGGCUACUCCCCUGGAUGGCCAGGUGCGGCUGCCUUAGGGCUGGAGUGGCGUCCAGGUGAGGUGUGGUAGGCAAGAUGGCUGGUUUCAAGAGCUGAUUUCACAGCUGACUUAAAGGAAUGUUUUCUGUCCCGAAUAAACCGAUGCUCAGAGUGGUAAA